CUCGUGAUAUCAGACAUAAGACCGCUGUAUCAGCCGCACAGUCUAUAUAGUGGCAACGCCAACUUGAAACCCACUUGGCACAGCCUUUUCUUUUCCUGCUUUUUUUGUUUUGCGAGAAGAAACAUUUCUGCAUAAACACCAGUCGCCAAAGGGUUAUACGAGAAGAAGAGUCUGAGAAUAAAAGAGAAGGCGGAAGAGGAGCCAUACAGACACCCUCAAAGCCGAGCCAACAUGUCGAAACGAACAGUCUUCACCUCCAUCACUCCCCUGCCUCCGGGCAUCUCCCGACAAACCGCCAUUGACUUCCUCCACAACCACCGCGACAUGAUCGAUCUGAAUCCCUUGGUCCAAGAUCGCCACAUCAUUCCACCUCCUCCUCACGCUCUGCCGGAAGAGCACGUCUGCACAUGGUACUCCAUCACCGACAAAAUCUCCUACCUUCCCGGCGGCCUUGUUACGGGCGCAGUGUCAUAUACUGCGGCUUUUCACGACCUGCCAACGGGUCUGCAGACUCACUGCCAUGCGCCCAUGGGCGUCGAUCUCCGUGAGAAGUGGUCUGUUGCUGGAUCUGAGCCCGGGGAAGAGCCGGAGCCGAUGGAGCUUGGCUUGGGGGCGCCGCGGACGGGGCUGUACAUUCGGGAGGAUGUCAUUAUAACAUGCAACAUGGUCAUGGCAGGCUUCAUCAAGAAGACGAUUAAGAAGGCUCACGGCGUGCUAAUCGACGCCAUAGCCUUGAAGGCU